ACACACCAAAGCAUCAACCUUCUCUCUUCCACAACCCGACAAAAAACCAUUCUCUUCUCCCAAUGCUUUUUUCUUCCCUCAGUGGCUCCUCUCGUAAUUUUUCACAAAAACCAUCCCUUUUUCAUAACCCAUUUUCUCUCUCUCUCUCUCUCUCUACACACUCCCAUUUAUUUUGACAUAUCAGGGUGUUUACAAAACUCUUCUCAAACAACACAAGAACAAAAAAUAAAACACAACACAGAAACAAAAACAUAAGAAAAAAACGAACUUUUUUUGUUAUACUCACUUUCUGUUUGUUAAACCUUUUUCAUCAAUAAUGGAGAAGAUGAUACCACUAUACAAGCUUGAAUCUCGUGGGAUAGUGUAGAUUUUGAUAAAGUUUUAAUCUUUGUUACUAGCUUAUUGUUUUUCUUUAGUUUCUUCUCAUUUUCUUUCUCCUUUUUUUACUUUCUCUCUCUACCGGAGGAUGGACUUCCGGUGCCGGAAACUGACCGUAGUGAACUUGGAUCCAGAGAGAAAACGAAGUGGUGGUUUGAGGACAAAACAAGCAGGGAGAGGAUCGUGCCGUGGUAGUUAGUUAAAAUAAUGAUUCUUCUUUGGUUUUGAGAGUUACCCUUUUGUUCAUUCUCAUUUCUGAAUGCUACUUUGAUUCCAUUGAUUCGGAAAAAAGGAAAAUUUUGUUGUGGAAAAAAUGGGGUUUUUGUUGAAAGAAGCUUUGAAGACUCUUUGUUCUCAGAAUCAGUGGUGUUAUGCUGUUUUUUGGAAGAUCGGUUGUAAUAAUUCGAAGCUGUUAAUCUGGGAAGAUUGCUACUAUGAACCCCUGCCAUCUCCUUUCCUUCAACAAAUUGGUGCGACGUCUAACUUUCCUUACCGAGAUGCAGAAGGAUGCUGGUUUUCUACCGAUUCUCAGCUAAGGAUUCAAGAAGACGACAGAGUCUGUUCCUUGAUUAACAAAAUGAUGGUGAAUAAUUCUGUCAAUGUUGCUGGUCAAGGGAUACUUGGACGGGCGGCAUUUACCGGAAGUCAUCAGUGGAUUCUUUUGAACAAUUUUAUUAAAGAUGCAUAUCCACCUGAGGUAUUAACCGAGUUGCAGUGCCAAUUUUCAGCUGGAAUGCAGACGGUGGCAGUUAUUCCUGUACUUCCCCACGGGGUUGUUCAACUUGGUUCUUUCUUGCCAAUAAUGGAGAAUAUUGGAUUUGUUAAUGAUGUGAAGAGUUUGAUCUUUCAAUUGGGACGUGUUCCCGGUUCUCUUCUAUCUGAAGACUAUUCAGCGAGAAUUUCUAAUGAAAGACAUGUGAACGAUUGUGUGCCUGUGUCUUUCGAUCCACAAGUCAUUACUUCAAACUGCACUCCCUCGGUAGCUAAUGGUUCUAACCAACCGAGUAAUUCAUCUCACGGUCCAAUUCCUAUUUCUCAACCACAUUUUUUUCAAAGGGGAGAAAUAAAUAGUUACCAUGGUUCUAUAUUGACACCUCAAUCACAAUCCCAAAACCUAAACCAGAUAUUUAAUAGCCUUUGCCAGCCAAAGGCUCAAUCAGCAACUAAAACAAGUUUCAAUGCCCAACGAGAGAACACAAUUGUGAAGGCUGAAGCUGAAGUCAUACCUGCAAAUCUUGAUUCACGUUUUCAUCGGCGUUCGGUUUCAUAUAAUGCAAGAUCUGUGCCCAAUGAAUUAGCUGAUUCCAAUGUUUCCAAUCUGAAUGGUUUCAGCCAUAAACAUAUGGAGCAACAAAUCUUAUCAGGUAUCGGGAUACAAAGUCACGGUAAUCACAAUAUGAAUCCAUUGAGUGCCGUAAAUAUGUCUCAACUGAAAACAGAUGGAGGCCAAAUUUAUUAUCAAAAUUCUGACAACACUUCACUGCUUGGAGGAAUCCCAAUAUGUAGUGGAAUGAGUAACAAUCUUCUAAGGACAAAUAUGAUUAACUGCUCGGUUUCAAACGCUCCUGAAUUAUCCAUUACUGAUUUUUCUGGAUCACAAAAAGAAGGGUUUGGAAUUCAAAAUGCUAAUUUGAUUAAUCAAUCUGCUACCUAUCACAUGCAUCUAGAAGGCUCUGAUGGGAAGAAUCUCCCUGUUGAUUUAAAGCAUGCUCGAGAUGAUUUGGUUUCCAUGGAUCAACGGAUAGAUGAUAUGCUUCAGGCCCUGACGAUCCCAUCAUCGCUUCAUCUUAAGGAGCAUGUGCCUAUGAAUAAUCGCAUCCCUGGUUUUGAACAUGAAGAAGCUUGCACUCAACUUUCAUCAGGUGAUGAUGAUUUGUUUGACGUCUUGGGUGUGGAUUUCAAAAGGAAUCUGCUGAAUGGAAACUGGAAUGAGUUGCUUCUUGCCAAUGAAUCCGAUGCCAAUGCAGAAAAACUAGAUAAAAAGGCGAUGUGUACGAACUUUCCGGUUGUAAGUCAUGAUAAUAUUUAUGCGGUUAACGAAGCAAUAUCAAACAAUGGCAUCUUCUCUGGAACAAACACUGACCAUCUCUUAGAUGCUAUGAUCUCGAAGACUCAAUCUGCCGCGAAGCAAAAUUCUAAUGAAAUGUCUUGCAGGACAACAGUAACAAGGAUUAGUACCAAAUCUGUUCCCUCUCCUGCUUGCAUGCAGAUUACGGGCAAUCAUGUUGUCGAAGGGCGAUUUUUUGAUUUUCCAAAGACGGAGGUUAAAACAGGUGCUGCGGAAACAAGUUCUCUUAGGUCUGGUUGCAGCAAAGAUAAUGCUGGAAACUGUUCUCAAUCCACUUCCUUAUAUGGGUCUCAAAUUAGUUCAUGGGUGGAGAAUGGUAGUAGUAAUGUGAAGCGUGAAAAUAGUGUUUCGACUGGAUACUCUAAACGGCCUGAUGAAGUUUGCAAAUCAAAUCGUAAAAGGCUUAAACCUGGAGAGAAUCCAAGGCCUCGACCCAAAGAUCGUCAAAUGAUUCAAGAUCGUGUGAAAGAGUUACGGGAAAUUGUGCCUAAUGGAGCAAAGUGUAGCAUAGACGCACUUCUUGAACGGACCAUCAAACAUAUGCUUUUCUUGCAAAGUGUAACGAAGCAUGCUGACAAGCUGAAACAGACAGGAGAAUCCAAGAUUGUUAGUAAAGAAGGUGGAUUGUUAUUAAAAGACAACUUUGAGGGAGGGGCUACAUGGGCAUAUGAGGUUGGUUCACAAUCAAUGGUUUGCCCUAUCAUAGUCGAGGAUCUUAAUCAUCCCCGUCAAAUGCUAGUCGAGAUGCUUUGUGAGGAACGGGGCCUCUUUCUUGAAAUAGCCGAUUUAGUCAAAGGAUUGGGGUUAAAUAUCUUGAAAGGGGUCAUGGAAGCUCGCAAUGACAAGAUCUGGGCACGCUUUUCUGUUGAGGCAAAUAGGGAUGUAACAAGGAUGGAAAUAUUUAUGUCGUUAGUUCGACUUUUGGAGCAAACAUCGAAGGGUGGCGGAGCAUCUUCAUCAAAUGCAGUUGAUAACAACAUGAUGGUUUAUCAUUCUAUCCCACAAUCGACUCAGAUAGCAGCAACCGGUAGGCCUAGCAUCUUGCAAUAAUAACUCACCUAGUUUCUUGGUCUGGAAUGUUGUUGAGAGCAAGUCUUGGCACAUGCUUGCCAUGAUUGACAUCAAAUCUAGUCUUACUUGACUUAGGUGAUAUUAACUUUCUCUAACCUCGCCACUGUAACACCCUUUCAUAUUUGAGGGAUGUGUUUAGUUAGUGAAGUGCAUCUCAAGAUUAAUAUGCAUUGGUAUAAAACAUGUAUAAGAAUGUUAUCUCAUGUACUUGCCAAGAUAGCUUGAUGGUUUAGGCAACUUAGUUAACUUGCAUUUUUCUUUCUUUCUUGUAAUUUCAUUGGUGUGUUUGUAUUAUUAUGAUUCAGAUGUAUAGGUAUUUUAGGAUUUUGACCAUUUUAUCCUUUUUUUUUUCUUCUUAUUUUGGAGUAGUGAUUUUGGCUGUGUUAUAAUACUACUAAUGUUAUUAAUAUCAGAUUUGUGUGGUUUGUGUAUGUUA